AUGUCACUGUCGGCAUCUCCCAAUGAACAUUCAAAGUCAUAUAGACAUGAAACGCUUCUACGAAGUUUCAGCAAUAGCACAACAGAUGAUAAUUCAUUGGUUUUGGAAAACACACUAAGCGCCAGCAGUGUACUCCGAAUGUUUGAACACGCAAUAUCAUCUCCAAAUAACGUGGCUUCACCUGAACUAAAGUAUAGUUCUGAUAUCCUGUCAUCACAACAGCCAAAUUUUGAAACGUCUCCAUCAUGGAUACAAAUCCCGCCCAAUGAUCAGCAGCUGAACCAGAAUCAAAACCAGAAUCAAAACCUGAGCCAAAAGCUACAGCAACCUUUGGAAAACAUUAAUCUCGAUCUGUUACCACAACAACAUACCAAACCGCCAAAUUCUCAACAGUUGCACCAGCAGAAGCUACGAGCGCUCAAGCCUUCGCAUAUCCCAUUGCUUCACUCUCCACCUAUAAACCAUACCUUUGCACCUUUGAAUCACUCAUCACCAAUUGCGCCAAUUGCGCCAAAUUUGCCAAAUUCGCCAAACGCUGCUGCGAAAGGUAAACUAGACACACCGACACGGCACCAUCAAAUUGAUAGUAGUGAGUUUUUCGAUAGAAAUAAAGAAAACAGAGAAAGAGAUGAAUCUUUAUUAAACGGUAUUUCGAGCAAAAAAAAUCCAAUUCUUAAUCAAAGUUUUCAAUCUAAUGCUGGUGCGCAUACUGAGGCCGAUACUAGAGCUGAGGUUGGCACUGGCGCUGAAGUAAAGAUGAUUAUUGAUCAUGAACAAAUUGUUAAGCUAACGCAUGAAAACGAGUUGCUAAGAAACAUAUUACAGAAACGAUUGGAACCAAACUCUUGCUCAAGUCAAGAUGGAGCAAAGAAAUCAGCAAGUACUGAAGUAAUGAUGCGAUUGCAAGAAGAAUUGGAAUCCGUCAAACAGGACAAUGCGAGAUUGCGUAUUUCGAAUAAGCAAAUUGAAGCAAGCAUGCAUAAUUUGGAACAAAAGUAUAAUGAAAGCAAUGGAAUUGCCAAUGGAAUUGCCAAUGGAAUUGCCAAUGGAAGUGUUAAUGGAAUUGCCAAUGGAAGUGUUAAUGAAAAUGUUAAUGAAAUUGUUGAUGAGGGUGCAAUAAAUGAUAAAAAUAGAGCUAUACUAAGGGAGCAAGAGGAAAAACUUGUGAAAAUGGCUAAAGAGAUUGAAGAAUUGAAGCAAUUGAAUCAGUCGCAAGAAAAUGAGUUAAAGCGUUUAGCAGUAAUAAAUGAUGACGAGAAAAUGGCUCAGUUCAACACAACACAGGAGUUUGAACAAACGUUGAAAAAAUUAAUGAAGAAAAUUGAGCAAUUGGAAACGACUGCUAAAGCAAAAGGCGCAGCUAAAGCAAACUACGUUCCAAAGGAAGGCGAGAAGACGGGAAAAAAUGAGGAAAAUGAAAAGGGAAUUGGAACCGAAAGUAUUGAUGGAAUUACUUCGUUGAACUUUAUUCAUCAAUCAGAAAAUGCUUCACUGGCUCUGGAAACUGGCAGUGUGACUCACAAUGUGGCUCACAAUGUGGCUCACAAUGUGGAUCACAAUGUGGAUCAUAAUGUAACACAAACUGGCAAUGUAAAAAUGGUAACUGAAAAAGACGAGCUAAUUAACAACUACAAUGACAAAGUAGAUAUUGAUAAGGUUAGCUCAAACGACGGUGUUGCAGCAGCAGUGUCUCCAUUGGAAAAAGAAUCAACUUUGAGGCACACUUCGCCGAAUUCGUCUCACGCAUCCGAAACUACUUUUACAGAGUCGUCACCAGUCCUUGACCGUGAACAACUUUGUCUGCGCAUUUUUAAUGACUGGAGCACAUGCAAUAAAAUAUACAAGAAAAAUGGUACGGCGAUGUCUGAAUAUGAACUUGCUAAAGUUGAUAACUUGUGUCACGAGGAUAUGGUCUACCUCCUUAAGCAUGUAAUCACAAUGUUUAGGCUAGAAUUUACUGAUAAAUUUGACCAUGAUUUGGCGAGAUUUGCGUGUUUUAUUAAUCUUGCCUCGAGAUUUAUUAAGCAAAUGCACAAGAAGCUUUACAAAGGUCAGAAUUUAAGUUGCUCCUUGUAUUUCAGAGGCAAGGCGAAGAAACCAAAUGGGGAAGGGGACUCUUAUAUGGAAGGGUUGCUGGAUUGUUUCAGAAAUAUGCUUUUGACCAUCGACGAGUUGAACCAAACUCACAACAAUAAAUCGCUUUCCGGUUCCGUAGUGUAA